AUGGGUUCUAUUGGUCAAGUAUCUUCGCAGCUUCCUGUGCGGGGCAAGACUAACACCUCAGUCUUUGGAAGCGCUAUCAAGAAGGAAUUUAUGUUUGAUCCAGAAUGGAGAAAUCUUAACCAUGGUUCCUUCGGUACAUAUCCUCAGGCUGUCCGAACAAAAUUCCGCGAGUAUCAGGAUGCGAGUGAAGCUCGCCCGGACCCAUUCAUUCGCUAUGAAUAUCCAAAAAUCCUCGAUGAGAACCGCGCUGCUGUCGCAAAGCUUCUCAAUGCCCCAGUGGACAGUGUUGUGUUUGUCUCAAACGCCACUACUGGUGUUAACACAGUCUAUCGAAACAUGAAGUGGAAUGAAGACGGAAAGGACGUCAUCAUCAGCUUCUCGACCAUCUACGAAGCUUGCGGCAAGGUCGCAGAUUAUUAUGCUGACUACUAUAACGAAAAGGUGACUCAUCGUGAGAUCGAGCUCCCAUAUCCACUCGACGACGACGAGAUCAUCAAGAAGUUUGAAGAUGCCGUCAAGAAGAUCGAGUCUGAGGGAAAGCGUGUUCGUAUUUGUACGUUUGACGUUGUCUCCUCUCGACCAGGCGUUGUCUUCCCUUGGGAAGAAAUGGUCAAGACUUGCCGUCGUCUCAACGUGCUGAGCAUGGUUGAUGGCGCUCAAGGCGUUGGAAUGGUGAAGUUGGACCUCUCCGCAGCUGAUCCAGACUUCUUCGUGUCAAACUGUCACAAGUGGCUUCACGUACCACGUGGAUGCGCCGUCUUCUACGUGCCUCAGCGCAACCAGGCACUUAUUCAAACGACACUCGCUACCAGCCACGGUUACGUGCCCAAGCUGGCGAACCGCAUUACACCGCUACCUCCCAGCUCCAAAUCUCCAUUCGUCAUAAACUUUGAGUUCGUCGGCACGCUUGAUAACUCGCCCUAUCUUUGCGUAAAAGACGCUAUCAAAUGGCGAGAGGAAGCUCUCGGCGGAGAAGAUGCGAUCUUGGAGUAUAUCUGGGACUUGAACAAGAAAGGCAGUGAGCUAGUGGCUGAGAAAUUAGGCACGACAUAUAUGGAGAACAGCACUGGCACGAUGCGAAAUUGCGGUAUGGCUAACAUUGCGUUGCCCGUUUGGACUGUGGAGGGUAAGGAGGGUGAGGUUGUCAUCUCAGCGGAGGAGACGCAGACGGCGUUCCAGUGGAUUCUGAAUACGCUUAUUGGCGACUACAAGACGUUUGUGGCGCUGUUUCUACAUGGGGGAAGGUUUUGGAUCAGGACGAGUGCGCAGGUUUAUUUGGAGAUUGAGGAUUAUGAGUGGUUGGGUGGUGUGUUGAAGGAGGUUUGUGAGAGGGUUGGUAAGAAGGAGUAUCUCAAGAUUACGGUCGUUAGUAGUACUAUUGACUCGGCUAGAAAGCUCACCUGCCAAGAAGUUACCAUCUUUACUACCCCACAGCAAGUCAUCUUCACUGCAAAGAACAUAAUUUCAAGCAAAUUUAGAAGCCUCUUUAUCAAAAACACCAUCAUGGGCAACUCUUCGUCUUCCUCGUCAAAUCCCUCCGAAGAAGCCAAGGACAAGAAGACGCUUUAUGAGCGCUUCCAAGCCGGCAAAAAGAGUGUACCACUCAGCGAUGAAGAUAUACUAAAGUACACGGGCAAGACUCGCGACGAGCUCAGCACAUGGGCUGAUACUCAACCCGGCGUCGGAAAGAAUCAACUCGCGGGUAGCGUAACAGCUGGACCGAUUUCUGGACUUGGAGGAGUUGCCAUGGCCGACGGCCUUGGAGGCUGGGGACCGAGUGCACAUCCGAAUGAUAAGAACAGAGGAAUGAAGUUCCCUCCUACAAGGGAGAAUGAAGCCAAGGACACUACCGAGGUGACAGAGGUGGUAGAGGAUAAGAAGUGA